AUUUAGGGAGUGAGGCUCACGAGGUGGGAAAUAAGAGCUGUGCUCCCCAGAAGUUCUGGAUAUUGAGGGACAGUCAGGAAACAUGAGUGACUCCAAGGAACCAAGGGCACAGCCACUGGGCCUCUUGGAAGAGGAAGAGCUGAUAACCAGCGGUAUGAAUUUUUUUCCAAGAGACUUUGGAUUCCGACAGACUCGAGGCUACAAGAGCUUAGCAGGGUGUCUGGGCCACACGCCGCUGGUACUGCUGCUCCUCUCCUUCAUGCUCUUCACUGGGCUCCUAGUGGCCAUCCUCAUCCAAGUCUCCAAGAACCCCAGCUCCCAGAGGCAGGAGCAUUCCAUGCAGGAGAUCUCCCAGGAUCUGACCCAGCUGAAGGCUGCGGUGGAACGCCUGUGCCGCCCCUGUCCCUGGGAAUGGACAUUCUUCCAAGGAAACUGUUACUUCAUGUCUAACUCCCAGCGCAACUGGCACGACUCUGUCACCGCCUGCCGGGAAGUGGGGGCCCAGCUCGUCAUAAUCAAAAGUGACGAGGAGCAGAACUUCCUGCAGCUGCAGUCUUCCAGAAGCAACCGCUUGGCCUGGAUGGGACUUUCAGACCUACAUGAGGAAAACACAUGGCAGUGGGUGGAUGGCUCACCUCUGUCACCCAGCCUCAAGCGGUAUUGGAACCAAGGAGAGCCCAACAAUAUCGGGGAGGAAGACUGUGCGGAAUUUAACGGCAAAGGCUGGAACGACGACAGAUGUAGUGUCGCCAAAUUCUGGAUCUGCAAAAAGUCCGCAGCCUCCUGCUCCAGGGAUGAAGGGUGGCUUCUCUCCUCAGUCUCUGCACCCCUGACUGCCCACGCAGCAUAGCCGAGCUUCACCACUUUUCAGCCAGGUUUCCUCCUCUCCAUCCCUGGACCUUCCCCUUCCCCUUUCCCUUCCCCUUCC